UCACGCGCGUGUCGCGGCCCAAGUACCCCAUCUGCACCAAGCCCUACGCCUUCGACGCCUUCCCGCAGCGGCUGCGCAUCACGCGCACCUACGCUGUGAGUACCAGAUGACUACCCGCUUGUGUUACAAUGAGACUCCAGGGCUGUUCACGCGCGUGUCGCGGCCCAAGUACCCCAUCUGCACCAAGCCCUACGCCUUCGACGCCUUCCCGCAGCGGCUGCGCAUCACGCGCACCUACGCUGUGAGUACCAGAUGACUACCCGCUUAUGUUACAAUGAGACUCCAGGGCUGUUCACGCGCGUGUCGCGGCCCAAGUACCCCAUCUGCACCAAGCCCUACGCCUUCGACGCCUUCCCGCAGCGGCUGCGCAUCACGCGCACCUACGCUGUGAGUACCAGAUGACUACCCGCUUGUGUUACAAUGAGACUCCAGGGCUGUUCACGCGCGUGUCGCGGCCCAAGUACCCCAUCUGCACCAAGCCCUACGCCUUCGACGCCUUCCCGCAGCGGCUGCGCAUCACGCGCACCUACGCUGUGAGUACCAGAUGACUACCCGCUUAUGUUACAAUGAGACUCCAGGGCUGUUCACGCGCGUGUCGCGGCCCAAGUACCCCAUCUGCACCAAGCCCUACGCCUUCGACGCCUUCCCGCAGCGGCUGCGCAUCACGCGCACCUACGCUGUGAGUACCAGAUGACUACCCGCUUGUGUUACAAUGAGACUCCAGGGCUGUUCACGCGCGUGUCGCGGCCCAAGUACCCCAUCUGCACCAAGCCCUACGCCUUCGACGCCUUCCCGCAGCGGCUGCGCAUCACGCGCACCUACGCUGUGAGUACCAGAUGACUACCCGCUUAUGUUACAAUGAGACUCCAGGGCUGUUCACGCGCGUGUCGCGGCCCAAGUACCCCAUCUGCACCAAGCCCUACGCCUUCGACGCCUUCCCGCAGCGGCUGCGCAUCACGCGCACCUACGCUGUGAGUACCAGAUGACUACCCGCUUGUGUUACAAUGAGACUCCAGGGCUGUUCACGCGCGUGUCGCGGCCCAAGUACCCCAUCUGCACCAAGCCCUACGCCUUCGACGCCUUCCCGCAGCGGCUGCGCAUCACGCGCACCUACGCUGUGAGUACCAGAUGACUACCCGCUUGUGUUACAAUGAGACUCCAGGGCUGUUCACGCGCGUGUCGCGGCCCAAGUACCCCAUCUGCACCAAGCCCUACGCCUUCGACGCCUUCCCGCAGCGGCUGCGCAUCACGCGCACCUACGCUGUGAGUACCAGAUGACUACCCGCUUGUGUUACAAUGAGACUCCAGGGCUGUUCACGCGCGUGUCGCGGCCCAAGUACCCCAUCUGCACCAAGCCCUACGCCUUCGACGCCUUCCCGCAGCGGCUGCGCAUCACGCGCACCUACGCUCCGCACGAAGUGUCACCAGAAUAUCUGAAACCAAGAGGGAAAAGUGCUGCUAUAGUUCCCUUUGAUAAAUCUAAGAAUACCACAACGAAGGACGUGAAGAAAAAGUCUUUGCCAGCAGCUUCAACGUCCGAGAGCUCUAAGGCCGCGAGCGCAUCAUUGACUCCAGCGCAACGCCGCGAGCGUCAAAAAGAGCGAGUGAACAACAUCGCUCGCGCUCUGCUCGCGCGCCUCGGCUCGCGAGCGCCGCUCGACGCGUCCUACCUGCUGCGCGCCGCGCCGCGCCGCCCGCGCCCGCGCCCGCGGCCCCGCCACGCCUCCUGA